UUUGUUCCUCUUCGGCUACCUUCGUCAGUCACGUGACCCUACUUCACAUUUGUCCCUGGUGAUUAGCCUGGAGCUGGAAAAAGAGUCGCUUGUUUUAUGACUUACUUGCUUGAAUAAAACAACAAGCAUGGAAAUUGGGACAGAGAUCAGCAAGAAAAUAAGAGCUGCUAUCAAGGGCAAGCUUCAAGAGCUCGGUGCAUAUAUUGAUGAAGAGCUUCCUGACUACAUUAUGGUGAUGGUGGCAAACAAGAAAACCUCUCAACAGAUGGCUGAUGAUCUCUCCCUUUUCCUUGGAAACAACACCAUUAAGUUCACAGCAUGGCUACAUGGUGUCCUGGAGAAAUUACGAUCCGUUGCGGUUGAGCCUGCAACUCUUAGACACCAGCUUCAGUCCGACAGCAGUACUGUGGCUGGGAAGAGCCGAGCAUCUGUAAGCGAAGACACCAGGACAGAGGAGCUGAAGGUGUUGACGGUGUCCAGCUCUCACUCUGAUAGGACUGAAGCACGUGUGUCCAGUUCUGCCCAUGAAAGCAGGUCAGGGAGAGAAGAGUAGGAGAAGUUCUCUCACACCUCCACCCCUAAAACCCCCCCCCCCCCUCUCCUCAGGCAGGCAGAGGCUGUUAUAUCGACAUCAUGGAUGGAUGAUCUGACCUCGCCGAGUGAGGUAGAAAUCGGCACCAACCAUGGUCGAACGCGUGGUGCAGCUAGUAGACCCACAGCUGAAAUCUACAGACCGGGUCAGAGCAAGUUUACAUCACUUAGCUCUGCGGACACGUUUCGGCCCACGGAUGGAUCCUCUCACACCAGGCAGCAGGACGGCAGAAGCAGCAGAACCUCCAGAACCGCAUCCAGUAAGGGAGAGGGAGGACGCGCAGGCGUAAAGGCACCAGUAGCGAGUUCAGUGGUGCGAGUGAACCGAGCGGCAGACGAGGACAGUGAUGACGUGGAAGAGGAGGAUUCCAACUACGGAGGAAGAGGCCUUUCCAGUAGAGUGUCCCUGCCCUCCAAACCAGAACGCAAACCUACUCUCCCUCCAGCCAAGCAGGCCAACAGGAAUCUGAUACUGAAGGCAAUCUCUGAGGCUCAAGACUCAAUCACCAAAACUACAGCCUAUCCCUCAAUACCGCAGAGGCAGACUGUUCCUGUGGCGCCUCGAACUCGCCUGGCCAGCAGUGAGGAGAUGACAGCCGCCAUUCAGCUGGUCCAGGAGCACCUCCACAGUCUGGCCCCCAGGGUGCAGGCCUACGCCUCUGCAGAGCUACCUCCUUCCACAGCACCGGCUCCAGUGAGAUCUUUAGCUUCACGCCUCCAGUUGGACUUAGCAGAGAGCAACGACAGACGAGAGCAGAGUGACUAUGGUGUGGAGGUCGCUGCUGGAAGUGAGGCAAAGACAUUUGAUACCCGCUCCUUCAUUAUGAGUCGACCUCAAAUGGAAGAAUCUCAGGCCAGAGCUCAGCAGCGUCUUCAGGUCAAAGGGGAAGUCCAGUCUGCUUUACCACGCACUGUCCAGGCCAGUAAGGAGAGGGGAGACUCUGCCAGCCCCAAGUUCAUAGUGACAUUAGAUGGGGUACCGAGCCCGCUGGGGAACCUUGCGGAUUGUGACAUAGAGCUGGAUGACGUGAGGCCACCUACAAAGGUCACCGAGGCAACCGUCCACGUCAACAGGGAGCCCAAAGUCAGCAUCCUUCACAGACUACAGGGAGUGGUCACAUCAUCAGAGGAUAAUUUGAUGGACGUUGAGAUGGUGGAAGAGGACGACGUCCCUUUAAAGAAACAGAAAGUUAUGGAGCGCUGCAAGUUCUGGCCAGUCUGUAAAAGUGGAGACGAGUGUUUGUACCAUCACCCUACAGCACAGUGCAAGACCUUUCCCAGCUGCAGGUUUGGGGAUAAAUGCCUUUUCAUCCAUCCGAAUUGUAAAUACGACGCCAGGUGCACUAAGCCAGACUGUCCCUUCACUCAUGUCAGCCGCAGAGGCACAGUUGCUCCUCCACCCAAGCCAGCAGCGCAGCCAGUGCAAACCACGAGUGUGUGUCGCUUCUUCCCAGAGUGCAAGAAGAUGGACUGCUCGUUUUAUCAUCCCAAGCCUUGUCGCUUCGCGGCGCAGUGUAAACGAGCUGGAUGUACCUUCUACCACCCAACCACAUCCGUGCCUCCGAGACACGCCCUGAAGUGGACAAAAACACAGAGCAGCUAAUUAAGUCCAGGGAGUCUGACAGAAGUCCGAUGGUCGACAUGUGAAGCUGUGGAAGAUGCUCUGGAUCUGUGUCUAUGGAUUUUCAUUCCUAGAUUUAACUGUUGUUUCAUUUUAUUUUAUUGUAUUGUUUGGACUGAUUUUUAAGAAAACUGUUUUGUCAGAUGAACAAUCGGGUUUUUGCUGAUGCCCUCAAAUCAUUAAAAAAACUCCACAAUGAAGUUGACAUUUAUCUCCUCUCAU